AUGGAUUACAAGCUGAAGUUGAUCCUUUUGGCUGCUCUUCUGAACACGACAAGCAGAAUCGACGUAAAGUGCCUUGAAGAUAAAAGUAUUAAAAACAACCACACGACCCCAUAUAUAAAUAAUUUUGACUUAAGUACAUUUGAAAAAAAAGGUGACAAUCAAGGAUGCACAGGUGAAGUCGAGCAGAGAUUAAUAAAUGGAGAAAAGUUCUUAACUUCAGAGAAUAAUAAUGAAAAAGAUGAGAAAUUAGGAAACACAGAAAAUAUUAAAGAUUUUAUUAGCUUGAAAACAAAUCAGUUGAAAGAUUAUAUAACUCAUUUUUUCAAAUCGAAUAGCGCUAGUUCCAAUGAUUUUUACAAAAUACUUUUUGAUUGUGCAAAGGCGUCUUCAGCAAAACCUUAUUUAGUAGAUAUAUGUGUAAAUAAAUAUUUAAAAAAACACAAUAUUGAAUUUUCUCAAACUUGUUUAAGUUGCUUUUCUUCAUUCAUUGGAUGUACUUACAUUUCGUGCAAUAAAGAAUGUGCAAAGGAUCAGUGCACUGAAGACUGUAAGAAGUGCAGCCAGAAACAUUGCUUCAAAAGUUUAUUAAAUUGUACCAAAUUGGAUUCUUUACCAGAUCCCUGCAAAUAA